UUCUACAUUGUGUCUUUCCCUCAGAUGAAGUUUUUACUUCUGCUGGUGAUGCUGACAGCAUGUGCUGCUACACCUCAAGAUCUUUCAGGUAAAAUGUUCACCUUCCCACAACAGACCAGCACCGCUCACGUGAAGCUGAGUACAACCAGAGAGGAUUUCAGUGCUGUGACUGCCUGUCUCAGGAGUUUUACAGACCUCAGCAGAAAUCACAUCCUGUUCUCUCUGGCCACACCGUCUGCUGCAAAUGACUUCCUGCUUUUCAAGAAGGCUGCAGCCGGUCAGAUUGAAGUAUAUGCCAGAGAUGUUACUGCAGUAUUUGAUGGUCAGGAAUACAAACUGAACGCAUGGCUGUCUGUCUGUGCCACCUGGGACUCUGCAUCCGGACUGGAACAGUUGUGGCUGAAUGGAAAGCCCAGUUGCAGGAAAUUCACCAGCGCUGGAUCAAACAUCACAGGACACACCAUCAUUACCUUAGGACAGGAGCAGGAUUCCCAUGGUGGAGGAUUCGAUGCCAAACAGUCUUUUGUUGGCAUGAUCUCUGAUGUCCACAUGUGGGACCACGUCCUCUCACCCUGUGAGAUCAGCCGCUACAUGGACAACCUCAACUUCACGCCGGGGAAUGUGCUCAACUGGAGGGAGCUUGACUUCCAGAUCAUAGGCAGAGUGCUGCUGGAAGAAAAACAAAAUAUCUGUUACUAAAUAUUACAGUCUUUCCAUAGUUUUAUUUUUAUCAGUUGAAAGUGUCCACCAUUUUUGCUUAAGACAUUCAGAGUGAGUGAUUUUAUUUUCAAAAGAUGUGCAGGUCUCUUACGUUAAUCAUGUCACUUGUUAUGGUAACUGGAAUGUCAGUUGUCUCACUCUUUUCUAAACAUCCCGUCAGCGGUUUCUUGAGAAAACUGUUCAGGUCAGGCUGGCAAUGUUCGCAAUAACCUUUCAUUGUGAGACAUGGAUUGCUGACUAUAUGCAUCACAGGCUACGUUUACACGUACACAGGUAUUUUUAAAAACGACAUUUCCCUUCGUUUGUGCCCCUCAUUUACACGCAAACGGCGAAUUCGCCUCUGAAAACGAUUCUUUCUAAAAACUCCGGCAAAAGUGGAGAUUUAGGAAAACUCCUGUUUCGCGUUUGCAUGUAAACUGAGAAAAACGGAGAAAUACAGAGUUUCAGGCAGCUGACGUCACAUGUGCCAAAAGUGCGCACAAUGUUUCCAUUUGGCUAUGGUGAUCAUAGACAUGAUAUACGUAAAUUAUGUCUAUAAUGGUGAUGAUCAUGGAUGCAUUCACAGUAGCAGUCGCAUUUCUGUCCAUAUGUUUGCAUUUUCAAUUACAGCAGCUUUUUUAUAUAGAGGAGCAGAGAUGAAUAAGGGCUCGGAGGUCAGUCUCCUCCCUCCAACACAGAGAGCCAGCCAGCGGCACCGCCAGCAUCGCUUGGGUCCGACCUGGGUGGACUGCUGUCGGGUUUGGCUUCUGAUUGGCUUGCAUGGUUUUCUCCUUCUUCCUACCCCGCCGCCCAUAGGCUUGGGGUUGUUAUGAUGGCGCUCAACGGCGUAUUUAUGCGGGUUGAUGUAAACGGAAACUUUUUUGAAAACGAUGCCGUGUGCAUGCUGUUAUUUUGGAAAACGGAGGGAGGGAAAUAUUCGUUUCUCAAAAUACCCGACUACGUGUAAACGUAGCCACAGUCAUACAACCUUGACAACCUUAAAUCUGAACUGACCUGAAAACUGUUUUGCAUUGUUACAUCAUCAAACAAAUACUGUGGGAAAAAUGUGACUUCUCCACUUCACAGCUUCUUGACUUGCGUCACUUGUUUCUCUGAUUAUCAAGCAUUACUUAGAGUUCACGCUCCCAGCUUGUAUGCACCAAUGACAACAAAGCAAUUGAUACAUGAAUAAAUGAUUAAACAUGAUUAUUAAAA